AUGGAUCAACGCGAAGCAGAACUGAACACUUCCUCCUUUUCGAACACAGCCAGGUCAGUGUUUUAUUGUCCACACGAUCCACAUUUAGUUUGGGAUUUACAUGACACAACUUCGCCUUGGAUUUUUGCCACUAUCGCAUCUAUAAUCUCUCCAACUGCAGUUCUUUUAAACGCACUUGUGAUCAUAGCAGUAAAGCAAAGGAAAGAACUGCAGAGAGCUUCCAAUAUCUUGCUAUCAAGUAUGGCCAUUACAGAUCUUCUAGUAGGAAGUAUAUGUGUACCGUUAUCUGCUGUGGUUGGACUGCUCGUUCCUUAUCAAAUACAGGCUGACCAUUACAUUUGCAAAUUGGACUCUGUGGCGAUUUCGUUCACGAUCACCCUUGCAAUUUGUUCGAUUUUCCAUCUGACAAUGAUUGCUUGGGAAAGGUACGUGGCCAUUCGAAAAUGGAUUGACUACAGAGUUAUAGUGACUAGAAGCCGCUUGAAAAAGCUGGCGAUUAUAGCUUGGGUAUCAGCAAUAGUAACUGUAUCGCCAACACAUUUUAUUACGGCACUCAGAGGGAUUUUGAGAGAGAAUGAGAUGGCUUUAGCUCUGGAAAUUUUCUUUCUCGUUCUUUCAGCUUUCUUAUUCCUUGCCCUAAGUCUUAUCAUAUAUUUUUAUUUCAUGGUGUACCUUGGAGUUCGCAAACGUAAAUUAAGUCAAAUUCGCCAAGUCAGCGAGUUGGUGAACGCGAAACUCGAACAGAGAGUAGCUGUGACGACUACUUUAGUAACGGUUGCCCUGAUUCUUGCCUUCUUCUCAAAUGCUGUUAUUGGUAUGUUGGAAGGAGUUUAUCCAGUUCUUCGUAAACGUUUUGUGUUACAAUUAAGGGACACACUUCUGUAUUCAAAUUCUGUAGUAAAUCCGUUUAUUUACUGCUACAGAGACUGUCGUUUUAGGAACGCCGUGCUGGAGAUUUUGAGGAUCAGAAAACCAAAAGUAACGCCAUGUGUUGUAACCGAUGCAGCAAGAUUCGCCAGAGGGAAGGAUGUAUUUGAUUCAGAAAGAGAUAAGGUACAAGGACAACAAGUGGAAAACCCUGUUCGUUUGACAAAAUCAGCAUCGUGUGAUUUGGUCCAUUUCUUAGGUCGAUUUCAACUUGAGUCUCACAAAAAAGCGUUCAAUCGAACUAUGUCAUCUCCGUCUCUCCGUAUGAGCAGUUUUUACAACGACUUAUUGCAACAACCAGACAGACUACAGUGA